CGUUCCUGCAUAUAAGGCGAGCAGUUCCCACCGGACAUUUCAAGCAAUAUCCCUUCACCGGCCGCGGUCGGCAGGCUGAUGCCAGCACUUGGGGGGGCCAACGCUUGCUACUCUGCGCCGCCCAGAGGGGGCAUAUAAAGUGGCAGCGCAGUCUCGCUGGGUAGCAGGUGCCCACUGCUCAGCUGAAAGGCGCCAUUCUUUCACCGUCUCCAUUCUUUUUUGAUCUCGAUCUCGCUCACACAAUGAUUCUCUCCUUGGUCCUCCUCGGCUCGAUGUUGGCCUCAGUCGCGUCCGCGGCGCCAGCCUGCAAAGCGCAAGCACCAAACGUCUUCACCCUCCCCGGCAACGCGAGCUCGCCCGAAGGCGUCGUGGUGCAGCACGGCACGCCGUACUUCUACACGACCUCUGCGGUCGACGGGACGAUCUACCAGGGCAGUCUCCACUCCUCGGUGAUGACACCGUUCAUCUCCGGAGCGGAGUACAACAUGACGGGCGGCCUGGGCAUGAAGAUCUACGGCGACCACCUGUUCGUCGCCGGCGGCACCAACGGCGCGCUAUUCGACUUCUCGCUGUCGUCGAAGACGCUGCUGCACAGGUUCUCUGGCAUCACCAACGGCUCGUCGCUGCUCAACGACCUCGCCGUCGUCUCCGGCUCCGGCGACGUCUACGUUACCGACUCGUUCCUACCGAUUCUGUGGAAGGCCGGCGGGCGCAGUGUCCGCCGGGACAAGUGCGAGCAAAAGCUAAAGCCGUGGCUGGAUCUGAGCGCAACGGUCGACUACCAGCCCGGGAAGGUCAGUGGCAACGGCAUCGUCGUCAUGCCAGGGAAGAGGUUCGUCGUGUUGGCGGAUACGAACGAUAGUAAGCUCUACCGCGUGUGCUUGCUCACCAAGGAGGUGGUCGAGAUCGGACUGAACGGCACCAUCGGCUCACCCGACGGAAUCCUCUACGACGCGCCGCACUUGUACGCCGUCAACGGCGCAUCAAUCGACGUGAUCGAACUCAGCGCGCCGUAUCUGAACGGCACGGUUGUCGGAAAGAUCGCGAACGACCUGCUGUUGAAGCCCAGUACUAUCGACUUCGUGCAGGGACCCGGCGUGGCAAAGAAGGAGCUCCUUGCCGCUAACUUCCAGGCGAAUGCGGUGGAGCCGGUGCUGCCGUACUCGUUGGUUAGGGUGCCGAUUGAGUAUUAGGAGGAGGGAUGCGUACUUGGUUUUCGGGAGGGAAUCGGGCGCGUCCAGGCAGGGUAAAAGGUGGAUUCCGUGAUGGAAUACCUAGUGCGGGCCCAGGCAGGGCGAAAGGUGGAAAGACUCGCCGAUCAGCUAAUAGAGUACUCUGCUCGAGUCGGAUCACCGUAAUAUACAUAUUCUAUUCUCCGGCGACGGCACAAUCUUCCUUCUCCCGUGCCCCAGCAGGACCACCUCCUAUCGUGAACUGUGGCG